AGCAUACUCACAUAGCCAACGAUGAACAGCCUGGAAAGAAGUUGCCCAAAAGUUUCGUCGUCUCCAGGGGAAAGGUGGGUCCUAUUUUGCGAAGUCUGGAGCGUGAUUUGCGGAAGCUAAUGCUGCCUAACACUGCACUGCGGCUGAAGGAAUCAUCACGGAACAACAUGAAGGACUUUCUCCAGGUGGCUGGGCCUUUGGGAGUCACUCAUUUUAUGGCAUUGUCGACCACCAAGGAGUCGCCAUAUCUACGUAUCAUGAAGACGCCUAGAGGACCGACUCUCACUUUCAAGAUCCAUAACUAUUCCCUGGCAAAGGAUGUGGCCCUUUCCCAGAAGCGACCAAAAUCACCCCCUGCCAUCUACGCUAACCCCCCUCUUGUGGUGAUGAAUAACUUUGGGCAGAACGAAGAUCAUCUGAAACUCAUCACGAUUAUGUUUCAGAACAUGUUCCCGCCGAUCAAUGUCAAUACGGUCAAGCUGGCAAAUUGCAGGAGGGUUUUGCUGCUGAACUACAACAAGGAUACGCAGAGGAUUGAUUUCCGUCACUUCUUAAUCACUGCACAGCCAGUUGGCGUUGCCCGCAAUAUCCGAAAGCUUGUGCAGAAACAUCAGGUACCUGACCUUGGAGGUCUGCAGGAUGUGAGCGAAUUUCUGAGGUCAGGCUAUGGGUCCGAAAGUGAGGUGGAGGAAGAGACGUCGAGAGUCACACUUCCACAGGACUUGAAGGGAGGAGGAAAUCGAGCAUCCAAUCAAAGUGCAGUUAAACUGCAGGAGAUCGGUCCUCGGAUGGAGCUUCAGCUGAUCAAAGUUGAAGCAGGACUGUGCUCUGGCGACGUACUUUUUCAUGCAUAUGUCCACAAGACGCCAGAAGAAAUUGCAGCACUGAGAGAACAAGCGGAGAAGAAGGAGGUGCUAAGAAAGCAGCGUAAAGCAGAGCAGGAAGCAAACGUUAAGCGGAAAAUGGCGAAGGCCUCAAAGAGAGGAAGGAAGGAGAGGCGAGGAGCCCAAGAAGAUGCACAUCAAGGAAGUGAAGAUGAGGGGGAUGCUGAUGGAGACAGAGGAAGGGGAGAUGGCAGCGAGAAACAACGGACGAGAAAGAUGACGACAACCGCAGGCAGGUUCUUGGCGGGUAAAGCUAGACACGGUGCUUCAUCUCAUAGGCUAGGAGUCAGGCAUAGCAAAACGGGAUUCAAGAAGUCUGGCCAGAGUAGAAAACAGCAUGCGUAGCUGAAGAAGACCAACUCCUAGGUUCCUUGCAUUCGGAGUUUCCAAAUCAAGAAAGAAUUUGUCCAGCUGUUCAAUGUGGCCUUUAUCUGAUGUCCAUCCUCUCCUCCCUCCCGUUUGGCCUUUUCUUGCAGCUCGUGAAAGCUCACAAUAGGUGUGUUGUUUUUCUGUUCGGCCUUUUCUUGGAGCGCAUGAAAGCUCACUAUCGGUGUAUUGGUUUUCUUCUCAUCAAUGCUGCAAUUCACAUCAUGGAUUGAUACGAGCCCAGCCGUAUGCCGUCAAAGGAUCUCACUUGUUUAUGGCACGAUCCUCACCUGCAUGCUCACUAUCACACCUCCUACUCCUUGUGUGUCAGUUCUUCAACCAUCAUAAAUCUCUGGUUGGUGGGGACUACACCGGGCGUUGUUGGUGGUGGUGUAUGCUCAUCCAGUUAGUGAUCUCCUGACUCUUGGCUGAAAUGUGUUGUCCUCAUAAGCGUAUGAUGAUUUCCAUCCUGCAGUUCGUCGUUGAUUGGCAGUCUGAUGGUGAGUAAAUCAGGUAAAGGUGU